AUGUGUGAAUCUGGCCCUGGAUGCUCUAGUCGUUUUCUUGAUGCUUUAUGUCGAGAGGUUGGCCGGAGAGAGGGGAGGGUUGGGCAUGACUCGUCUCAUGGGCUUGACUUGUACUACGAGACGGGCAGAUUAGACAAAUGGUUGGAAGUUUGUCCGGGCAAUGGAAGAAGUCUUUGCGACCAGGUCAGAGCCCCAGGGUUUCUGAAUACGGGUCUGAAAGGAGAAGCGAACAGGGUCGAUGUACCGUACAAAGAGUAG